AUGGAGCGCCGCUGCGACAAGGACGCUCGAUUCGGCAACCUCUACCGCAGCUUCAUGAAGGACUACGAAGACCUGCAACACAUGGAAGCUGUAACCACAUCAUCACAACAAGAAGAUACUGCAAAGUGCUACUUACCGCAUCACGGAGUGUUGCGAGAAACGAGCACCACCACUAAGCUCAGAGUCGUGUUCAACGGCUCCCAGCUCACGACCUCGGGCACCUCGCUCAACACCAGUCUGCUGACUGGCGCCAAUCUCUUGCCUGUUCUCGCCGACGUACUCCUGCGCUGGCGCUGGCACCGUUACGUCUUCUUGGCGGACAUUGAGAAAAUGUACCGCCAAAUUCUCGUUCAUCCAGACGACCGCGAUCAUCAGCGGAUACUUUGGCGGCACCGUGCCGUUGACGACAUCCGCGAAUACCGCUUGCGAACGGUCACGUAUGGCUUGGCGUGCGCGCCAUUCCUCGCCAUACGGACCUUGCAUCAGCUCGCCGACGACGAAGGUCACCGAUUUCCGCAAGGAGCUGUCGCGCUGCGCCGCGAUACUUACGUGGACGACGUCGUGACCGGCGCGAGCACCCUCUCGGAGGCCACCGCAGCGCAACGGGAGCUCCGCAGCCUCUGCAUGGCGGGCGGGUUUCCUCUUCGGAAAUGGGCGGCCAACCACCUCAACAUCCUGGACGGCGUUCCGCACGAGCACCGGCUGACCCACUCACCUCACUCGUGGUCACACGAGAGUCACACAACACUGGGUCUCCACUGGCACCCGGCCAGUGACCACUUCACAUUUUCCCAACCGACACGUCACUUCGACGAACUUACAAAACGGCGUGUCCUGUCCGAAACCGCACGAAUGUUCGAUCCUCUCGGCUGGAUCACCCCGGUCACAAUGCGGGCCAAGAUCCUAAUCCAGUCCGCCUGGCUCCAGAAGAUCGACUGGGACAUUCCACUUCCAUCACCGGACACGCUCGCUUGGCGGAACCUGCUCUCGCAACUUCCGCGCCUCAACGAGAUAAAGGUAUCUCGUUGGCUCGGCAGCGACGGUCCGCACUCACACGUCGAACUACACGGAUUCGCCGACGCAUCGGAGCGAGGGUACGCCGCCGUGGUGUACCUCCGCUCCUCCACUGGAAAGGGCACCACACUCCACCUGCUGACCGCUAAGGGCAAGGUCGCGCCCGUGAAGCCCGUGUCUUUGCCGAGACUCGAGCUAUGCGCGGCCGCCCUCUUGACGAACCUCGUCGUUCACACGCGCACUCUGCUAAGUUUGUCCUCAGCUCCAGUCUUCCUUUGGUCGGACUCCAGGGUCACUCUUCACUGGAUCCACGGACACGCCUCCCGCUGGAAGACCUACGUGGCCAACAGAGUGUCGCUGAUCCAGGAGCGGCUACCCGAGGCGCGGUGGCGACAUGUGCCGGGCAAGGACAACCCAGCUGACUGCGCCUCCCGAGGAGUUCUGCCCAGCGACCUGGUCGGUCAUCCUCUGUGGUGGACGGGACCAUCCUGGCUUUUAGAGGACCAAGCAAGGUGGCCGAACAACGACGGCGCCCUGCUCAACGCUGCUGUGCCGGAGCAAAGGGCCGUCGCCUCGCUCUCGGCGGCUGUCAAGGACGUCUCCGAGUCGGCCUUCCUACUCCGCUUCUCGUCAUUGCACCGACUGCUCAGAGUGACAGCCUGGUGUCUUCGAUGGCGACGGACCGGCACCCGGAGAUCUCGCACCACCGCUGACGCCGCACUCUCACUUGUGUCUUGCGAGAUCGAAGACGCACUCCUUCACUGGAUUCGCAUCACACAGACUCUGCACUUCCUCGGCGAGAUCACAGCACUCAGCAAAGGACGCGCCUUGCCAGCCAGAAGUCCUCUCACCAAGCUGAGUCCGUUCCUCGACGACAGCGGUGUAAUGCGAGUCGGAGGACGACUGAAGAACGCCAUCCUGUCUCACGACGAGCGGCAUCCCAGCAUUAUCCCACCGGAAUCAAGGUUGACUCACUUGAUGGUGGACUCCUGCCACCGGCGGACCCUGCACGGAGGAGUGCAGCUCACCCUCGGGUUGCUUCGUCAACGAGUUUGGAUCCCACAUGGUCGAGCAGUCGUCAAGCGGGCGAUCCACCGAUGCGUCACCUGCACGCGGUGGAGAGCCGCCGCACCGCAACCACUCAUGGGCAAUCUGCCCCGGGAACGAGUGACUCCUGCACGCCCGUUCCUGCGCACCGGGGUCGACUACGCCGGCCCUAUCUUCAUUCGGGCCAGCAAAGGACGAGGUCACAAGGCAUCCAAGGGCUUCAUCGCAGUUUUCGUCUGCCUCAGCACCAAGGCGGUCCAUCUGGAGGCAGUCACGGACUACACGGCCGAGGCGUUCCUGGCUGCCUUCCGCCGCUUCGUUUCCCGGCGAGGCCUCUGCAGCGACGUCUUCUCCGACUGCGGCACGAACUUCGUCGGAGCUGACCGUGAGCUGCGGGAGCUGUUCCGCGCUUCCUCCUCCGACGGACGUCGGAUAAUUCACGCAACAGCUUCCGACGGCGUGAGAUGGAGGUCCAACCCCCCCGCAGCACCACACUUCGGCGGAUUAUGGGAGGCCGCCGUCAAAUCCACCAAACACCACUUCCGAAGGGUCAUCGGCGAAGCCACCCUCACUUACGAGGAAAUGGCGACCCUCCUCACUCAGGUGGAGGCGUGCUUAAAUUCGCGUCCGUUGCAGCCGCUGACGGACGAUCCCAACGAUCUGGCGGCACUAACACCAGGGCACUUCAUCAUCGGCGCCCCCCUCGUGGCCGUUCCUGAGCCGUCACUCACGUCCGAGAAGGACAACGCUCUAUCUCGGUGGCGGCUUCUUCAAAAAAUGCGCGACCACUUUUAG